AUGUCUGCCCCAAUCAUUGGUAUUGCUUUUGGUAACACAUCUUCCUCGAUUGCAUAUGUCAAUCCUAAGAAGGAUGUCGAUGUGAUUGCUAAUCCCGAUGGUGAGCGUGCCAUCCCAUCGUGUCUAUCCUAUGUGGGCGACGACGAGUACCACGGCGGCCAGGCUUUGCAGCAGCUGGUGCGCAAUGCUAGCAACACGAUUGUGAACUUCAGAGACUUUGUUGGGCUCAGCUACGCCGAGUGUGAUGGUAACCGGUGUGCGACCGGGGCUCCGCUGGUGGACCUGGAUGGCAAGCCGGGGUUCCUAAUUGCGCGUGCCGGCCGUGAGGAGCGUCUAACCGUGGAUGAGGUUGUCACACGCCACCUAAGGAAGCUGCGCGAGGCUGCCGAGGACUACAUCGGCCAGUCUAUUUCACAGGCGGUGCUAACUGUUCCUACAAACUUUGCGGAGAAACAGAAGAGUGCAUUGCGCGAGACUGCAUCUCGUGCCGGCUUGGAGGUGGUGCAGUUUGUGAACGAGCCUUCCUCUGCUCUUUUGGCGCACGUGGAGCAGUUUCCAUUCGACAAGGAUGUCAACGUGGUUGUCGCAGACUUUGGUGGUGUGCGCUCUGACGCCGCUGUGGUGGCUGUGCGCAACGGCAUCUUCACUCUACUUGCCACCGAGCAUGACGCAACCUUGGGCGGUGCCCUUCUGGACGAGGAGCUAAUUGAGUUCUUUGCCAAGGAUUUCGAAGCGAAGAACAAGUGCAACCCUAGAAAGAACGCUCGUUCAUUGGCGAAGUUGCGUGCUAGCGCCGAAAUCACAAAGAAGACCCUCUCGAAUGCCACGAGUGCUACUAUCUCCAUCGACUCGCUUGCGGAUGGGUUCGACUACCACAACUCCGUCAACAGAAUGCGCUAUGAGCUGGUGGCGAACAAGGUUUUCUCGAAGUUCACCCAGUCCAUCCAGAACGUGAUUACCAAGGCUAACCUGGAUGUGCUAGAUAUCGACGCUGUUCUACUAGCAGGUGGUGUUUCCUUUACUCCAAAGUUGACCACUAACCUGGAGUUCUUGUUCCCUGAGUCUGUACAGAUUCUAGGUCCACAGCACAAGAACGCUACCAACAACCCUAACGAGUUGUUGGCAUCCGGGGCCGCUUUGCAGGCGCAGCUUGUCUCCAGCUAUGAUGCUGACGAGCUAGCACAGGCUCUCCAACCAAUAGUCAUCAACACCCAGCACCUAUCGAAGAACAUUGGUGUGCUGGAUGCUGCUGGCAAGUUUGUGCCUAUCCUGCUUGCCGAGAGCUCGUAUCCAAUUAGAAAGACAGUCCGCGUAGAAGAUGCGACUGGCGACAUUUUGAUCUCUGUCUAUGAAGGUACCAGCAUCGCCAAGGAGACGGUUGUCGAACCUUCUGCGAAGGACGAACCAGAGGAUGAAGAGGAAUCCGAGUGGAGUGACGAGGAUGACGAGCCAGAGGUUAUUCGUGAGAAGGACUACGUAAUCGAGGCGAAGCUUAUGGACUUAGGCAUAAAAAAUGUGAAGGGUCUAGAGCUUUCCUUCACUAUCAACAAGGAUGGUGUGCUCACCGUAGCUGCUAAGGACCUGGGUUCUUCGAAUGCCGUCAAGGGUUCCUUGUAG